AACAUUUGUUUUCUUUUUCAGUCGAUAAAAUGAAGUGGACGCUGACGCUGUUAAUAAUCUGUCUGGCAUCGGAGCUAGUCAGCUCUGAAACAAAUCUGCCGCCUGUUUUCACGCAAACCCUCAACAAUAUUGUGCUCUAUGAGAACAAGCCAGUGGGAUCAGUGGUCUUCCGAUUAGAAGGCUACGAUCCUGAGCAGAGCAAUGUGACAUUUGGCUCCAUUGGCUCCGAUCAUUUUAGCGUAGAUCCAAUUUCUGGAAAUAUUACACUGGUUAAGCCCUUGGAUCGCGAGGAAACGGACAGCCUAACAUUUUUGGUAUCGAUCAGAGAUCGCGUGGAUCCAAAGGGCGAAUCCGAGCAGGAUAAUGUUGUGGAACAACCAAUUACGUUCAUCAUACUUGAUGAAAAUGACAAUCCGCCGGAGUUUCAAAAUACCCCUUAUGAAGCGGAUGUUAACGAGGACGCCGUGGUGGGUACCACAAUAUUCGAUAAAAUAUUGGUGAAGGAUCGCGACACAAUUGGGGACAGCCUUGAUCUGAAAUGCGUGCCACAGCAACAAAGUCCUGAGGCGUGCAGCAAAUUCCACUUGCAGUUGCUAACCCGGGAGGCGACCAUCCUCACGGCUGCAGUGGUGGUCAAUGACACUCUGAACUACAACCAACGAAUGAUCUAUCAUUUCCAAAUCGAGGCUAGCGAUGGAGUGCACAAAACCCAGACAACUUUUGAGGCACGCGUCAAGGACGUGCAGGAUAAGCCACCAGUCUUCCAGAGAUCCCUCUCAACAGUCAUUGACGAAGACAGUCCCAUUAACACCUUGGUUCUCACCGUGCAAGCUCGUGACGGCGACAAGGGGGAACCUCGGAAAAUUGUCUACGAUUUGCUGAGCAAUCCCAAUGAUUACUUCCUUCUGGACUCAAACAGCGGCGAGCUGCGCACGGCGAAGCCCUUAGAUCGUGAGGCAUUGACAGACUCUACCGGCCUAAUCUCGCUGGUGGUACGUGCCCGCGAGGUGGUGAACGAUGUGCCCAGUGAUGACCCCCUGACCAGUGCCACGGCUAGAGCUACGGUGACCAUACGCGAUGUGAACGACUCGCCACCCAAAUUUAAUAAGAAGGAAUACGAGGUGUCGUUGCUCGAAAACACGCCGGAGGGUACUCCACUGGCCCUGGACAUGAGUGUCAGUGAUGCUGAUGUGGGAAUCAACUCGAAGUUUGCGCUGCGCUUGGAGGAUGUGUCCGGGGUGUUCGACGUGGAACCAAAGCUAGUCACAGGCUACUCGCAGGUUAACAUACGCGUGGCCAAUGGGACGUUGGACUACGAGAAUCCCAAUCAACGCAAGUUCAUAGUCUUGGUUAUAGCGGAAGAGACAGACACGAAUCCCAAGCUCUCCUCUACAGCCACAAUAACAGUGAGCGUGCUGGACGCCAAUGACAACAAGCCCAGCUUCGAACAGGAGAGCUACUCGGCUACAGUCUCCGAGGCAGCUCUACCGGGACAGUACAUAACUACGAUUACCGCCAAGGAUGUGGAUUCGAGCAGCUUUGGUGAUGCAGGGAUACGGUACAGCCUCUCCGGCACUGGUGCGGAGCUGUUUCAUGUCAAUGAGCAAACGGGCGUCAUCACCCUGGGCGAUUGUCAGAGAGAGAGCAACAGGCGCCAGCGACGUGACCUCCAUGAGAAUGACAGCGAUGGUCACGCACUUGAAAUGCUUUCCAUGGAGGCGGAACAGAGCCUCGACCAGCGACAGAUUAACACAGAGCCCACCGUGCAAUACACGUUAAUCACGCAGGCGCCGUUGCAGUCGCAGCCAGCAGCAGCAGCAGCAGUAGACGCGGUAGACGCGGGAGCAACGGCAACAAUAUCGGCGGCAGCGGCGGCAGCUGCUAAUGACGACAAAGCCGCCAGCAGCAAGGCGCCGACGACGUGUCUGGACUAUGAAACGGAGACCACGUACUUCUUGUCAUACAAGGCCACCGACGACAAUGGACAAGGUCAGACUUCUGUGGUCUCCCUGCGGAUAUCGGUGAGCGAUGCCAACGAUUCGCCGCCCGUAUGUGAGAGCCCCCUCUACCGGGCCAGUGUGGACGAAGGCGCUUUGGUCUUUGAUUCGCCAUUGGUGGUGAAGGCGCGCGACGCGGACACAAUGUCCAGCAUUAGCUACCGGAUUAUUGGCUCAUCGCAGAUCGAGAGCAUCUUUGACAUUGACAAGCGAAGCGGCCAGAUUAGCAUACGCCCCAACGCCAGCCUGGAUGUGACGAAUCUGAAGAGCGAGCAGCUCAUAUUUGUGGUCGAAGCCAACGAUGGACUCUUUACGGCCAACUGCGGCGUCAACAUCACAGUACGCGAUGUUAACAAUCAUGUGCCCAGUUUCCAGCAGCAAAACUAUAGCGCCGUCGUCGAGGAGAACUCAGAGAUUGGUACCAGCGUUGAGAAAGUGCAGGCCACCGACCUGGACACUGGAAAGAAUGCCGAGCUACGUUAUCGCAUACAACAGGGCAGCUUCAAUGACUUUGAUAUAGAUGAGCGCACUGGCGAGGUGUUUGUCUCGCGCAAGCUCGACUAUGACAGACGCAACACGUACCACCUACAGGUGCAGGCUGCUGAUCUGGGCACGCCCAGUCUCACAGGCACCGCCACAUUGACAAUCAAUGUGCAGAACAGCAACGAUAAGGAUCCCUACUUCGUGCCCGCUACACAGCAUGCUGAGGUGCGUGCAGACGCGCCCACUGGCCACCUUGUGUACACUCUGAUCGCUCUAGAUCCCGACGUGGCCACGCACAAUGCCCUCGAGUUUGCGGCCACCGAUGACAUUACGGCCAUUGAUAAGGAGGGCAAGGAGCUGCUUCACAGCGAGCAGUUUAAGGAGUACUUUGCCAUCGCCCGCAAUGGCAAAGUUCUGGUCAACCGCCAAUUGGAUCGCAAUCUCUUUGCGGUAAUGCGCAUCAAUGUACUCGUGACGGACAGCACUGCGCCCAAUGUGCAGCAAGGACGCGGCCUGCUCAUUAUACAGAUAAUCGACGUCAAUAAAAUACCUCCGAGAUUCAAUGCGCCCUGGAGCCCCGAACAGCCGGUGAUAAAGUUGCAAAUGGUCGAGGAGCAGCCAGUUGGCACCGUGCUGACCACGCUGCAGGCGAGCGACGAAGACUCUAGCAUUGGCGAGUUCAACAUUACGUCCAAUGAUUACUUUGCCAUCAAUCACACCACAGGCACCAUUUACACAACUGCCCGCUUGGACUAUGAGGCCGUCAAGGAGGUCAAAUUCACGGCAACAGUCAGCGAUACAGGCGUGCCGGCGCUGACUGCAACAGCGGACAUUGUCGUCGACAUUAUCAACCUGAAUGACAACGAGCCGCACUUCACCCAGUCUGAGUACUAUUUCAACAUCACGGAAAACUCCCCGCGCGGCACAGUUGCUGGCAAAGUGGAGGCCCACGACAGCGAUGUGGGUGCCUUUGGCGAGCUGACCUACACGCUGAUAGGCGAAAACAACAAAUACUUUACCAUCGAUGCCUACACGGGCAACGUGAUGGUGGCAAACGCAUCCAUAUUGGAUCGGGAACAGCUGAAAGAGCUCACGCUUUCCGUUGUGGCACAGGACAAGGCACCAGCCACGGUACAAAAAUCGGCGACGGCAACGAUACACAUCAAUAUUUUGGAUGUGAACGACAAUGCUCCCGUCUUCACCCGGCCGGUGUACAAUUCAACGGUCUCGGAGAAUGCAGCAUAUCAGCCGCCAGCUGCGCUACUGCAGGUGCAGGCCAUAGAUUUGGAUGAGGGCUUAUAUGGGGAUGUGCGGUAUAUUAUAACGGGAGGCAAUGAGCUGGCACUCUUUAAGCUUGACGCACAGUCGGGCAUCAUUUAUCCGGCUCAAAGUCUGGCCGGUAAGCAUGGUGUUUACGAGUUGGUGAUAUCAGCACGCGACACUCAGGGUUCGGGCACCAUGGAGACAACUGCGAAGGCGGUCAUCACAGUUCUGCGCGUUAAUCGCCAUCGUCCGGAAUUCGUGCUUCCGGCUCUGUCAAAUGCGACUAUCGAAAUACCUGGCGACAUCGUGCAACCGGACUAUUUGCUGCUGACCGUCAAGGCGCUGGACAAUGAUACCGACGGAAUCGGAAAGGUCAGCUAUCAUCUGCAGGUAAACAAUCAAAAUGUGCAGCAGACGACCGAGUUCAAGAUCGACGAGGCCACCGGAGAACUGCGCGUCAGGCAGCAGCUCAAUCGAAAAAAUCGCGCCAACUAUGAUAUCAUAUUGGUGGCACGUGAUGCUGGCAAUCCCCCAUUUGAGUCCCUGCGCCUACUGACCGUCAGCAUUGUAGAUGCGAAUGAGAAUCGGCCAGAGUUCCCGGACGCCUCCAAUCCCUAUAAGGUAUCAAUAAAUGAGAACAGCGGUCGUGAUGUCAAGAUUGGCCACAUUCAGGCCGCCUCGCGCAGCAAGCACAAUCGUGACAUAUUUUACUAUAUGCUCCUGGGCAACGAAGAUGGCGCCUUCUAUGUGGACAAGCUGACUGGAGAUAUUUACACCAACAAGAGCCUGGACCGUGAGGAGACCGAUGCGUAUACUCUGUACAUAUUGGCCAGCAUCAAGGCGGACUUGCACAUAUCUGAAGAAGAACGCGCUUCGUUUUCGAUCAAGACGUUGAAUCGAGAUAAUACUGUGGCCAAGGUAGCUAUUACCGUGCUGGAUGUGAAUGAUAAUGCGCCGGUCUUUGAGAAGUCCGUUUACUACGCGGGCGUCAAUGCCAAUGCCAAAAUGAAUGCGGCCAUCACUCUGGUCAAUGCUACCGAUGCGGAUCAGGGUAAAAAUGCCAAGAUUGAGUAUAUGAUCGUUGCUUCAAAUCUGUACAAAUUCGGCGCUUCCAAGUCAACGGGCUCCAUCGUGCCCAGUCCGUUUGCCAUAUCGCAGGAUGGCCGUAUCACAGCCAAUACAAUAAUGGCCGAGUACAACCAAGACCGCUUUGAGUUGGAGAUCGUGGCAAGAGAACUGGAGCAGCCGCAGCGCUCGGCCAACACCAAAGUUAAUAUUUGGGUAUUUGAUGGCACCCAGUUGGUUAGGGUGAUUCUAUCCCGUCCACCCGAGGAGGUCUAUCAGGAGCAGGAAGAGAUUAUAGCUGAGUUACGCAAUGCCACACAGCAUCGCAUCAUUGUGGACGAAAUACGCUUCCAUUUGGAUUCUAUAGGACGCAUUCGCAUGGAUUGGUGUGAUCUGUAUUUCCAUGCCGUGGAUCCUCAGACACAGCAAAUAGCACCAGUCGAUGAAAUUCUCAAGGAUAUUGACAGAAACUACGAUUAUCUUAAGGAUUACUAUGCAGGAUUCGCCAUUGAGAAUGUUGUGCCCGCCUAUAUAGCCAUUGUGCAGGAUGAGUUCGAUUUGGCCGUGGCUGGCCUGGUGGCACUGGUCAUAGUGCUCUUUGUGGGCGUCAUUAGCUUCAUUGUGCUCUGCUGUUGCCUGAAGCAUUGGAAUCUCUCAGUGCCCGUAGAGACGCGUCGCAAGGAAGCAUUGAUUAAAAAGCAAAUUAUUGAGGAUCUGAAUACGACCGAGAAUCCGCUCUGGAUUGAACAGAAACUUAAGCUGUAUGAAGAGCAAGAGUUGACCAUGCAGGUCUUUUCGGAGCCCGACCAUAUAUCUAACUCAGAUGCUCCUGGGCAUUUGGAUCAUCGCAGCUCACUAGAGCAGGUACAUCAUGGCCAGUCGGUGGACAACACUUACGCCACCAUCCAGCCACGCAACAAUCAGAAUCGUCUGACCGCCGGCUCCGGCAGCAACGGUGGUGCCGGUUCCAUUUCCAUGCGAAGCGGCGGUGCAGUCAGUGGCGGUGGGAUCGGCGGAGCAGGUCUGCUUCAAACCCGUAUUGAUCCACAUGCCAACGAUUUUGCGGACUAUGCCACACUCCGCAACAAUCGGGCUCCUUCUAUGUACGAGUUUACAGGCUCCACAUUCCAGGCACCAAUACGGGAUGGCGACGACGCCGUAGCCGAGCUUAUUUAAGCAGUGCAAUCUGCAGCUAAAAUCUAAAUUGUAAAUUUUGUAGUAGCUAACUAUUUAGAGAACCCGUAGAAACGAUUUAGUUGAAUUCAUCUAAUUUUCUGAUUUCACGAAUUUGCCCGUUGUGCAAAUAUAAAUUUAUACAAGUGCAUAUACAGACACAUACAUAUAUAUAUGGAGCGUAGUAGUAUAUAAUAUGCUAACAAUAUUUAAAGCUCAACUAAUCACGAAAAACAAAAGUAAACUUUAUAAUACUUACGUAUGAAAAUGUGUAAACGGCUACAAACUAAACCCCAUAGUGGAAUUUCUCCCGCAUAAAUAAUGACAAUAAUAUAUAUGAAAAAACAAAUACACACACACA